AUGAAAAUUUCCGGUCGCACCUUUUUGGUUUCUGGCGGUGCCUCGGGGUUGGGUCGUGCCUGUUGUGAGGAUAUUGUCGCCCAAGGUGGCCACGUCGCUGUCCUUGAUCAGAAUGAGGAAAACGGCCAGGAAUUUACCAAGACACUCGGGUCGGCAGCCCGAUUCUUUGUCUGCGAUGUCCUAGAGAGUGAGAGUAUCGCCAAAGCCGUCCAGGGUACCGCGGAAUGGGCCAAGGAGUCUGGCAAGCCCAUUGGUGGCGCCAUCACGGCUGCCGGUGUCGCUCUUCCUGCCCCGAUUGUCAACCGUCACGGCGAGCCCUUCAGCAUCGAUGACUUUGAUUUCGUCAUUGGCGUAAACUUGCGCGGCACCAUUGACCUCGCCCGUCAGACCUGCGCGGCCAUGAUCAAGACCAAGCGCGAGUCCCCCGACAGCGAUCACGGCGUCAUCAUCAUGGUCGCCUCUUCCGCCGCCUUUGACGGCCAAAAUGGCCAAGUCUCGUAUUCCGCCUCCAAGGGCGCCAUCCGAUCCCUCACGCUUCCCAUGGCUAGAGAUCUUGGCCGCUACGGCAUCCGCGCCAUGACCAUUGCCCCCAGUCUCUUUGAGACGGGCAUGACGAGCGCUAUGCCGGACAAGGUUCGCAAAAACCUCGAGAACACCUUUGUCUUCCCCACAAGAUCCGGUCGCGCGCCCGAGUUUGCGUCUCUUGUUCGCCAGAUCAUUGAGAAUGAGAUGCUCAACGGCGAGGUAAUCCGACUGGAUGGUGCUUCGCGUAUGCCCAAGAUCUAA